AUGACCGAUAAACGCACUUUCAACGACCUCGGCUUGGACUCUUGGCUGGAAGACGCACUACGGACGCUGUCUAUCAAAGAGCCGACUGAAAUUCAGCGAGCAUGUAUACCCGAAAUUCUCGCUGGGCGAGACGUAGUAGGCAGUGCGACGACGGGAAGCGGAAAGACUGCUGCGUUUGCUUUACCAAUUUUGCAGAAGUUGGCGGAGGACCCGUAUGGGAUAUUUGCGCUCGUUGUGACGCCAACGAGGGAGCUAGCCUUUCAGAUUGCGGAGCAAUUUAGGGUAUUAGGCGCGGGGAUCAACCUGAAGCAAUCGGUCGUUGUCGGUGGUUUAGACAUGAUGAACCAAGCGCUCGAACUCUCCCGCCGUCCCCACGUUAUCGUCGCAACACCCGGCCGCCUCGUCGACCACAUCAACAGCAGCUCGAACGCCAUCAGCCUGAAACGACUGAAGUUUCUGGUUCUCGAUGAGGCGGAUCGGUUACUAGACGAUACAUUUGCGGAGGAUCUGGAAGCCAUUUUGGAUCAGUUGCCGAAGAAACGACAGACGCUGCUGUUUAGUGCUACUAUGACGGAUGAAAUCAAAGGGUUGAAGUUCAAGGAGGGGGUUAAGCCAUUUGUUUACGAGUGUAAUACCAGAUUCGACACAGUAGAAAAGCUCGACCAACGCUACAUGUUCAUUUCCUCCACCGUGCGCGACGCCUACCUCGCGCACCUGAUCCGCACCACCUUCGAAGGCAAAACGAUGAUCAUCUUCACUGGCAAAUGCCGGACGUGCGAGCGGCUGCGCAUCACACUGCGGGAGCUGGGCCUGAAGUCCACCGCGCUGCAUGCGCAGAUGAGCCAGGCGGAUCGGCUGGGGUCUUUGGCGAAAUUCAAGUCGGGGAUUGUGCCGAUUUUGCUGGCUACUGAUGUGGGCAGUCGUGGUCUCGACAUCCCAACAGUCCAAGUCGUCCUCAACUACGAGCUCCCCGCUGACGCCACCGACUACAUUCACCGAGUCGGACGAACAGCGCGUGCGGGCCGCGGCGGUCUUUCCCUCUCCUUCGUCACGCAACAUGACAUCAACGUGCUGCUCAACAUCGAGAAGAAGAUGGAUAAGAAGAUGCUGGAGAUGAAUGUGGUCGAGAAUGAUGUGUUAGGGAUCCUGAAUGAGGUCGCAUUGGCGCAGAGGGUUGCUAAUAUGGUAUGUGAGGCUGGGAAGAUGCUCUCGUCCGGCGUUCGUUUAUGGCUGACUCCUUUCGCGUUACCUCUUGCAGCACCUGGUUGA